UGAUCUUCAUUUUUAACUGCAUAUCCGAAACAGAGACGGAAGGACAAAUAGAAAGGGGAGUGUAAAUAACAAAGAUUUGAUAUCAAAUGAGUAAUCGCCUCCUCUUCGUUGGCACCACCAUUUGCUCUAAUCGCUGCUUCAUCCCACACCACUUCACUUCCAGGAGCUGCUUUUGUAGUGGUACCUUGAGAAAUCAGACUAACAUGGAAUCCGAUGAGGUUGUGGUGGUGGCUCACCCUCACCUUUUGGAUACCAAAAUUGCUGCUAUUCGGAAUGCGGGUCCCCCCAAACUCCAGGUUAUAGCAGAUUUUGAUGCCACACUCACAAAGUACAGAGUGAAUGGUUCUCGGGGACAAAGCAGUCAUGGCCUUUUGCAACAGGAGAAUCCUGAAUAUAAUAACAAAAGGCGGGAGCUAUUCGAAUACUAUCAUCCAUUAGAGUUCUCGCCAGCUAUUCCAAUUGAACAAAAAACUAAGCUUAUGGAGGAAUGGUGGGGAAAGACUCAUUCUCUUUUGAUUGAGGGAGGCCUUACCUAUGAUGGGAUAAGGCAAUCCGUUGCUGAUUCCACAAUUGCUUUUAGGGAGGGUGUUGUUGAAUUAUUUGAGUUUUUAGAGAAAAGAGACAUUCCUGUUCUUAUAUUUUCAGCAGGACUUGCAGAUAUCAUAGAGGAGGUCCUGAGGCAGAAAGUUCACAGAUUGUUUAAAAAUGUGAAGAUCGUCUCCAAUAGGAUGGUAUUUGAUGAUAACAGCCACCUUGUAUCGUUUAAAGGGAAGACGAUUCAUAGUCUAAAUAAAAAUGAGCACGCUCUUGAUAUGGCUGCUCCACUUCAUGAGCAAUUAGGUGAUUUAGAUGGGCCAACUUAUGAGAAUGCGUCAGUCAAGACAAGAAGAAAUGUCAUUCUUCUGGGCGAUCAUAUUGGUGACCUGCGAAUGUCUGAUGGUUUGAACUAUGAGAAUAGAAUUUCCGUGGGAUUUCUGUUGUGGCACACACAUAAGGUAAGUUUUACAGAGAUUAUAUUUGAUGUGGUCUGGGUGAUGAACUUAACUACAAGUUCAUGGAAGGUACUUUGUCACUUAGUCUGGCUGUCAAAAAUCACACAUGCAGCAGGCUUGGACAGAUUUUCCCUGGAUGAACAACAGUAUUGACUAUCAAAGGUGAAAAGCAUGGUUGUGGAGCUCUCCAAGGAUUCUAUAAUGCUCUGUAAUUGCUCAUGGAAGCAAGAAAGGCUGAGCAGCUAGGGCCUAAUAUCAUCUGGAAUAAUUUUUUUCUCCAAGUUAGUUCCUCUUCUGGAACCCAUAUCAUUUGUGGUGACAUGUUGGUUGGGAUAGGGCUAUAGUCUAAUGCCUAAGUCAAUGGCUUGUGGUUAGGUUUGUUAUAUGGUAAUUCGGAGCACUGGGCAGGCAUUUCUUAAGUAAAUCAGAUUCUCCAUUGGUGAUGGUUUCAAGCUGGUGUUGAAAUUUGUGGUGUGAAUGAGAGAGCCAGGCAAGAUGGGGGUAUUACUGUGGGAGGUAGUCUUGAAUCUGAAGAUUUGCCUACUAGUGUGCAACUGAACAUUGCUGUCAUGAUUUGACGUGCGAUUGAGAGUAGUUAGUGUUGCUAGGAGGAGCAUCUGGAAAGUGAAAUUACUUGUCAAAAUGGGCUUCAUUUUAUUUUUCAGGAGCUUCUGUGGAAGGCUAAUGGCGUAAUAAUCUUAAAAGUAUAACAUAGUUGUAGUUAAUAGCAUCAUUGUAUAAAGUUAGCAUCAAUACUGGACCAUAUUUUACAACAUCUGAGGUUGGGACUUUUCUUUUCUUCAUUUGAGGAUUGUGUAACAAUGUCUCUGACAGUUCUGUAGAUUCAAUAGUUUUAUUGCAUCAAAAAGGUGGAAUUGGUGCAUACCUGUGAAGUGUGAUUGUAUGUACACCCUUCCAUUGAGCUUCCUACUGACUAAUUUGAUACUCUAUUUUCAAAUCCCUUUGUUAGUUCACUUCUUGAUACCAACCAUCCCUUUGUUAUUCAUCAGAGCUAUACAGCCAAGUUAAUUGAAGUCAUAAGCAGGACCUGGCUGAAGUCAUAGCUAAGUUGACAUUCUUGGGACAGGCUGGCCCCAUGAUAUUUAUCUGCCUCUUGUGUAGUAUUUUGUUUGUGGGGACUUGGAACCACCCCCUAACUCACCAGAAAAAGAAAAUAGGAAAUGUACUUAUUAUUUGAAGAUAGGAAAUGUAAUUAUUUGAAGAAAUGAUUCCUUCUCUCCUACAGGUUAGAUUACCAUGAAGAGGAGAUUGAGUGUGUUACCAAUCUGCAUGGUGAUAUAUAAGAUGCUUAAGUGGAGUUGGAUUCAUUUGUAAUUGGUGGGCAAAGAAAUGAGUUGAUAUGAUAUCAGUGUACAAAACCCAAAAGGUUGGCAUGGGUUGGGAUGACCAAGUACCCCAUCGUUGACAUUUCCAGUUAUGGGAUAUUUUCAUUUUUCAGUUGUCUAAAGUAUAGCCAAAAUGGGUAACUAUUGAGAUCCUCAAAAUGAAACAGCCAAAAUAGGUUCAUAUUGCAACAAUUAUUGCUUUGAUGUUUUACUUCUGACUGGAUAGCUACAUCACUUUUAUAUCAUUAAUCUCUUUUACAUUUUAAGCCGAGUAAUUUAAGCUUUCCUCUAUUUUUGAUGGUGCUAGAUUUGUAUAAACUUCUUUGCCUGCAAUGAUGUUUUUAUUUUCAUUCUUUAGUAGUGAGAAAGAGGAUUCUGUACUGAAUAGCUGCGAAAUUUAUAUUUAAUUCUGUUAAACAUGCCAGACAUAUAGGAAUGGUGGUGGUUCGUCGUAGAUUGAUUUGGCUACUUAACCUUGUUACUGC